AUGCAGCUUCCUCACUACAUCAUGCAGCUUCCUCUCUUCAACAAAGUGAUUCCUCUCUUCUUCAAAGUACUUCCUCUCUUGAUCAAGAUGCUUCCUCUCUUCAUCAAGAUGCUUCCUCUCUUCAACAAUGUACUUCCUCUCUUGCUCAAGAUGCAGCUUCCUCUCUUCAACAAAGUGCUUCCUCUCUUCAUCAAGGUGCUUCCUCUCUUCAUCAAGAUGCUUCCUCUCUUCAACAAUGUACUUCCUCUCUUGAUCAAGAUGCUUCCUCACUCCAUCAUGCAGCUUCCUCUCUAG